AUGCAAUGCUCCUUCUUCUUGGAAGGUAUAUUAAAGUAGGGGGAGAGGAAGCAAUUUGGUUCUGUUAGUGGGAGUCCUAAUUUGUCUCAGAAGCUGCUCCACAUAUGGUAUCUGAUUCUUUGUGCUGUGAAAGUUCCCUGCUUUGUUCCCUUUUGCAAUUUCUAUCUUUUGAGCCUGCCCGUUGGGAGGGAGCAACCUCUGUUGGAAUCACAAGAGCAGAAAUGCACAGCUAAAAUGGAACUUCAAGAAGUCCAGAAUAGCUAACCAGAGGUGACUGAGUGUCACACCUGCCUCUCUACUUGCUCAUUGGUAACAAUGAUGCUCAAAUCCCAUUUUGAAAAUCCUCUGGGUUUUAGCAGGUCUUGCACAUUUCUGCUGUACUGAAGGCUUAACGUUCCUCUGCUCUUUGUGCAGUAGAGAAGUGUUUUUAUUAUUAGAAUACCUUUUGGCUAAUGCUCUUCUGAUUUUAUAUAUAUGGAAAAAGCCUUGCCUUAGUCCUGGUUCGAUCUUGAAAGGGAGAGCCUUUUUUUUAUCUUAAAGGAAACUAGACUUGAAUGUGUCCGGGUAAAAAAAAUCUGCACUACAAUAAACUAUAUUAUUUUUUCUUCUUUACAUUGAUAGUAUUAUUAAAGAAAGGAUUUGUUUUGACAACCAUUUCUGUUAAGAGCUAUCAAGACAGCAACGGGCAUGACCAAUAUGAGAAGAACAAACUGUAGGUUUUUUUUCUUUUCAGCCCUGAUUGUGGUUUGUGGAGCUGGGUGCUGCUCUGGGGCCAGGACAGCUGUGGCUUUUCGCAUGGCAGGGUACUGUCUCCUCGGGAAGAGGGCUCUGACCCCAGGCUGGGGAGUGAGAGCUCCCACAGCCAAGCUCCCAGUUCCUGCAUCAGUGCAAAAUGGCAGCUUUGCUCCUGCCACAAAGCCAGAAUUUACAGAAAUGUCAGAAGAGAGGAAAUAAAGAUAACGCAGUUUUAUGAAGCAGCAGCUGCUUUUCUUGCAGAUACUGACCUGCAGUGUUUUAGUGCAGAGUAGUUUAAUUAUUAAAAGGAAAUGAGGUGAUUUUUUUUUUUUUGAAGAUGCAGACAAUAAUUCUUUCGGUCAUAUGCCCACCUGGAUUUUGUUAUAGCAGCCAAUAAUCAGCUGUGCACCAGCUUCACUUGUGUGCCAGUGCAAGGACUGCAAUACAUCACCAAGAAAAACAGUUCCACAGUUCCUGAUAUCUUCCUACCCAAAGGAUUCAUCAGAAUUCAGCAUCCAACUGUCUGGAGGUCUUAUUGCUCGGUCUUGCCUUCUGCAUGAACCUAAUGAGAGCUGGCAGUAAUUUGAGCACUUCUGGUAGUGUUUGGGGAGGUGAGAGGUGGCUGAGAAUAGAUAAGAGUUAGCUAAGAUGCUGGCAGUGACUUGGAGGGGAAAAAAGAAAAAAGCCUUCCACAAUUAUUUUCUUUCCUUGGGAGAGAUUCUGUUACUUGCAGCUGUAAAAGCUGCUUCCUGGCAGCUGCUGUGGAAAGGUUUAAAACAAAAAAGGCUCGGUGCUCCCGGUGGGCUUUGGGACUUGCUCCCAGCCCUUGCCCAACCAGCUUCCCAGGGACUCAUUUUUCAUUAUUAAAACACGCACGUUCAGCAACAGCACAACCUCUGACACAGGCGGGAUGAGCAGUUGUCCUCGUUUGGAAGAAGCAGCAGCUACAUUGCUCCUGUGGCCCUGAGCAAGGGGACAGCUGUCCCAGGUCACCUGCAGCACAAAUUAAAUGACCUGACUCAGAGGCAAGACAGGGAGAAAUGGCAGGAGGAGGAGGCAUUUCCUUCCCAGGUGUGCACACUGGAUCCUAAAUAAACAGUGGUCCAUGAUGAUGUGAUUUAAGCAGAGAUUGAUCUUCUGUAGCCAAAGACUCCUUGGCACAGAAAUGAAGGACAUAAUUGCCCAGUACUGCGCUAAUUAAUGUUUUCUGGGAGUUCUGCUAGUCCCUCGCAGCUCUGCGCUUUGACAGCAGCUCGUGCUGGCUGGCACGUUGCUUUCCUUCCUUCCUUCAAGGGCAGCUUUGUGCCUGCUGCAGGGUGAGAGCAGAGCCCGUGCGGUUUGUGGGCUGGGACCCAGAGGUGGCUGUGGCUGCUGCUGUCCUGCUGGGUGCUGGAAGAUGCUGGUGGCAGCAGCCUGGCCUGAUGGCUGGGGCGGUCCCUGAGAGCUGGUUCCCUGGGGUGAUGCUUUGUGUCCCCGUGUCCGGGGAGUGAUGGCAGGGCUGUCCCCUGGGUUGCUCUGGCUGGAGGAUGCUGCUCAUCAGAGUGCAGCCCCGGCUGGGGCUGACAGGGAGCAGGCAAUGUCACCAGAUAAAAACAAGGUCAAACAUGGUGUUUGUGGGGGAGGAUUCACCUAAGGUGGCAGGAGCUGCUCAGAGGAGUGGGGUUGGAUGCCAGCCGGUCCUGACACCAAACAGCCUCCCUGGGUCUGGCCCAAUACCCCACGCUGUGCUCCCUGUGCACGUCUCUACUGAGCUCCCGCACUGUACCCCGAGUUCCCCGGCUGCGUCGACGUGGCAGCUGUGUCAUGCCAGGACAGGCGGGAUUGCUGCCAUGGUUUACUCCAAGACUGAGCGCUGGCUGCUGGGAGUUCCCCGAAUGAUUUGUGUGUGAGCUGAAGCAUCUCUGCUAGAAAGCACCACCACAAUUGUCUGUAAAAUUGGCAGCAACAGGGACUCUGCCACAGGCUUCGCUGUGCUGCUCCAGGGUUGAUCCACCCUUGCCAUUAAAACCCAUCCCUUAUUUCUGAUCUAAACUUGCCAAGGGGACUCUUGCUCUGCAGCUGGGGCCAGUGCAGGCUCCGGUGGAGGAGGCCUGGGGCAGGCAUGGCCAGAUUUUUGGAUUGAGUGACUUCUGUACAGCUGCUUGCUCCCCACAUGAGUUACCCAGGGUUAGUCUCGCUCGGUGGGAGGGGGCUCCACACAUGCUGCAAUUACUGUAAAUUAAAGUCAAAUGACUGCGGGAGUAACUUUGUUGUAGAUUUGAAGGCUUUAAACAGGGCAAAUCUUGUGGGAGAGGUAAUACUUUUUAUUAGGUAGAGAAAACAAAUUAGCUUUCAGGUACACAAGCCCUUCUUGACAUUAUUGUUACUGUUAUUAUCCCAUAUUGGUGCUAUUAGAAACGAGGGCAUUGCGUUAGAGGGGAAGCGCAUUAUGCAAGUGUUUAGACCUGCUGGUAACUGCUCUCUGCUGACAGGUAUUUGUUUAAUCAUAUGUUGGAGUGAAAGCCAGCAGCAAGGACAAGCAUCAGAGGGAGCUGGGAGUGCUGAGCUCUGCCUGGUCCAGCUUUGCCUGGACCUCCUGGAGCUGCCUGACACCUCCCACCAAGAGGGGAGCAAGGCCCUCCUGGAGGUUCCUCGCACUGUGAUUUUAAGGACACCCCCAAAUCCCCUAUUCUCUACUUCCAGCCUCCAGAGCUGCCCUGGCUUGCUUGCAAAGGGUCUUUCUGCUCCUGCCCAUGCUGGAGGCAACGCUUCUUGCAGGUAUGAAUGCGACCAGUCAUGUUCCCAGUGUCAUGUGCUGUCCGUCGGGUAGCAGAGCCAGUUUUUCUGCUCUGAAAGUGGGACUGGGGAGGAGACCGCAACACUCAAAUACCCAGAUCCCUGGUAGCUGCCAGCCAGGCAUCCAGGAGGUCACUUGCCUUUUUCAGCUCCAGGUAAGGCGCUUUCCCAUCUCCCUCGUGUCAUCAAGGGGGUUUACAGACUUACAUACCAAUUUUACAGGCUGGAGAAGCAGAGCGGGAGGGCAGGGUGCAGCAGGACCAUCCCUGGGACGGUUCACGCUCUGUGCGGUCUUGGGGAUGGCAAUCGGGCACCGCGCCUGAGCGUCGCAGGAAGGGCUUCAGUCCCCUGGGUGAGAUGGGAACAGGCACAAACACCGUGACCCAUAAGCCCGUUGUGCCUGGGGGGAGGUGUGACGGUCUCGUGCCCCAGAGCCCUUUGGCUGCGGUGAAAUGUCGACAAUCCUGAAAUGGUUUGGACGGGAAGAUAAGGAGAAAGAGGAGAAGGAAAAGGACAAGGAAGAGGAGAAGGAAGAAGAGAAGGAAAAGGCUGAGGGAGAAAAAGAGAAGGACAAGAAGAGGAGGAAGAAGAAAGAGGAAGAGGAAAAGGGAGAUGGGGAAGAGGACAGGAGCAGCAGCAGCUCCGACAGCGACUCAGAGGAGGACCACAGCAGUGACAAGGACGAUAAGAAGGAAGAGAAAGAUUAGCCUUCCCACGCUGGAGCAGCAGCACACACCCUGGGCACAUCGAGGAGGUGGGGAUGCAAACAGCAGCAUGUGCUGGAGGGGGCCUUGGCCACUUUUAGCCAAAUAAAGGUGUU